ACAGCACACGAGUCAGAUUCAGUCAUGGAGUCAAAUCUCGGGUUUAACUUAACGUGCCGCCUUAGCUCAGGUUAACCACCGAGUCACUGAAUCUUACCCGGGUUAGCACUGCUCCGCGCGCAUCGUUCCACUGACCCAGAAGCCCUCGCGCGGCGCUACGUCACCUGGACCUGGAGGUGGAAUCGUCUCCGUCGCUUUCGUGACGGUGAGUUGGGAUGUGAGUGAAGAAGAGGAGCAGCCAUCAGUGUUUCUGUGAAGGAACCGCACGGCUCACUGCUGUCGGUGAACGUCAGACCUGAACACCGUCUGUGGUUACGUACAGACUGUCUGUGAUUCAGGGCGAAGAUGAAGCUUAAUCCGUUAUCUGUGCUGGGUCUGUUGCUUAUUUUGUUUCACACCCAUUCUUCACUGGCUAAGAGAGGAGGCGGCAGCUUUGGGAAAGGCUUCAGCGCCAAGAAGCUCCCAUCAUGGAAUCGAGGCAACACUAAUACAGGCAGCAAGAAUAAUCCGGGCUCCAACUCCAGGGGUGGAUACCCCAAACAGCCGGGACAAACCAAUCAAGGGGGCAGACCUGCGUAUCCGGGCAGUUACCCUCGGCAGCAGGGUGGAGUGGGGUAUCCAGCACAUGGCUCCCCGUAUGGAAGAGGUUAUGGAGGUCAAGGAGGGUAUCCAGGUGGAUAUAUCAACCAAAACCCAAACAACAAAAUCCUGAGCCCUCACUAUGGAGGCAGCUUUGGAUACGGGGGCCACGGCGGUAGGGGAGGCUCUCCCUUUUCCCACUCAGUUCGAGGAAUGGGCGUUUACCCCCAAGAUAGAUCCAGAGGGUUUGGGCGCAGUGCAGCGAUGGCAGCAGCUGGAGGCGCCAUGGCAGGAAUGGCCCUGGGCUACGGGCUGGGGAGGUUCCCUCGCCCUCACUUCCCCUUCCACAACCCCCAGGAGGAGUACUACUACAACCACUACAUGUACAGGAGAUAUGGUGUCAGGUCUACUGAUACCAAUGACUAUGGCAGAGACUACAGGUACAGCCAACCCCCUCAGACCUACGACAGCUACAUGGUCUCGUGCAUGAACAGAUCAGACAUUCUGCUGGGGAAGAAUCGAAAGCCAGAACUCAACCCAGCUGCCACCACCACAGCUGCUGUCGUCUCUUCAGCACCAGACACUGUCACAGAUAACAAGACGUCAGACACCAACAGCACCGCCGAGGAGAACUACUCAACCCCCUCACCUUCCACUCCUCACCCUCCUAAUCAGCCUGAAGCCCGGCCCGGGCCUCCAGCUUCACCGGCCGUCAGUGACGAUGAGGAGGAGGAGGACGACACAGUCAGCAUCAUGGAGAUCGGGUACCCGGCGCUGAUCCAGCAGCUGAAGGCCCGCAGGUGUUUGGAGCUGUACAUGGUUUACUCUGAAAGGUACAUGAAGAGAGAGACCGGAGGGGCGGAGGGACUGGAGAUGGGAUACCGAGGGUCUUUAGCACUGGUCACCAGUGCUUUACUGAUGCUACUGAACAGCAACCUGCUGACGCUGCUGCACUGAAGCCUUCAUUAAAAAUGAUUACAAUUUCAAGUUCCAUAUUUAAAUUUCCAAAGUGAAUGUAAGAGGCGAGAUCAGAGAGCCACAGUUUAUUUUUCAUUUCGCAAAUUUUGUCACAAUAUCUAGAAAAAGAGUUUAAAUAUCAAGAAAUAAGUUCAAAUGUCCAACCUAAUGAGUUAAAAAAAUAAAGUGCAUAUGCAGAUUAAGGUUGGAAUGUAGAUAAUAAACAUAUUCGUUUUUUCGAGAUUAAAGCGGAACUUUUGAGAAUAUAUCAAACUACUAACGUCAGCACAUACGCCCCAAACAAGGGUUUCUUUCUCUUGUAGCUCAUCAACACUGAUGAGCUACAUCAGUGAUCGGUGUAAAAAAAUGUCUACUGCUGAUUAAGAUCCACUUAUUUUCAGAAUUUCAAAUUUACUCUUGAAAUGUCAAAGGAGGAAACAAUAUUCCUCCUCAUUUCUUUCUUACAGUGCUUUUUAACAUUAUUCAAAUAUUAACUGAGGGGCCUCGGCCUCAGAGAAGCACAGAUCUUUGUCUUAAUAUUUAUGAAUAUUUCCAACUUUUUCCAAUUUUUUCUAGAGCCACUUCCUUCCCUCCUUCUUGUCCUCUUCUAAUCUACCCAUAACGUUUGCCUUUCUUUAGUGUCGUCUCACAUUUGUUGAAUGUAUUGUCACCAAGCCUGGAUAUCGAAAUAUGCACAGUAACUUUUCUAAUCAUGUAAAAUGAUUAAAGAACUAUUUAUAUGUAUCGUUUGAAGUACUAAUCAGAAGCAGUUCAUAGUAGAAUUUUCUAAUUUUCUAAAACAAGCAGGUAUCACAGAAAUUUAAAAAAACUUUUCUUAAUAAGCAUUAUUCAAGAUUUGAACAUGGACGAUUUCUAAGAACCUUCAGUACAAAAACAAAUAAGUUUUUACUGUGAUCUGUGGUCCAAUAAAAACCAUGUCAAUCGUGUUGGAAUAAAACCUGUUGUCACAUGGAACUUGUGAGUUUCACAUGACACAGAGAAAAGAUGAGGCUGAAGGGAACAUCCACAUUUUGCUUAUGAGAAGAUUUCUCCUCCAUUUUAGAUUGUUAAGCCGAGUAGAGGCAGCACGAGCCUUAGAUUUUAGUACAAAAAUAAAAUCUCACGUCCCUAACUCAUCAUCCUCUGGUAAUUCAUAACUAUAAUAACAAUGUACACAUUUUAGUUUAAACAGACAAACAGUGGACGGGGACGAGUGGUGAAAAACUCCAGUGUAGCUUUAAUGUGUUGAUAAAUGUGUGUUAUCUUGUGUCUGGAUGUAAAAUCGCACAUGUAUCACGUGUAACGACGUGAAUGUCUUCUCCUGUGCGAUGCACUUAUCUUUACUCACUUGAGGUUUGACAUAUGACAACAAGCAUGAUAAUGAAAAGCGCUGGAUGAGAUGCAUUUGAUGACUUUGAACUCCUGUGAAACCAAAAGUGAAAUUGAGAUAAUCUGAUUUGUUUUUUAAACGACUCAAGCUCAAAGUGUUUCACACCUGUUUCAUAGAAAGACAUUUGGUGUUUAAUUAAUUUAUCUGGAUUUGAUUGCCACGGGAAACUGAAGAGAGAAAUAAUAUCAGUUUUUACUUAAUUAGUGGGUCUUCUCUUACUUAACUGUGUGUUUUUACCCAUCAGUUGUGUCCCUGGUGCAGUUUAUGUUUCGUGUGAUUUUGUUUGGAAGUAAUCAAACAUGUUUAUUGAUGGGAAGGUUGAUUCGGUCGUUUUUAAUCUGGUGUGAGCCCUAAAAAAUGGGGACGUGAAUAAUUCAAAAUAAAAACUUUUAAAGAAA